AUGGCUGUUCGUGUCUUUGAGGGUAAAGAUCAUGCAGCUGCUUACCUGCAGUACAGAAUAGCACCUGAAGAAUUAAUCAGCAGGAUUAUGAGCUACAUGAAGAAAAAGACAUCAAGCCAGUUCAAUCUAGCAGUGGAUGUGGGCUGCGGUUCGGGGCAAGGGACGAUCCUAUUGGCUCCGUACUUCACCAAGGUUGUUGGAACAGACGUCAGCCCCGCCCAGCUGGAGAUGGCUUUGGCCAAUAGCAGCCCAACAAAUGUAUCAUACAGGGAGUGUCCGGCAGAAGAGCUACCGUUUGCUCCUGGUGAGGUGGACCUUGUGACGGCUAUUGCGGCGGCUCACUGGUUCGACCGCAAGCGGUUCCUCCUGGAAGCUGACAGGGUGCUGAGGCCUGGAGGCUGCCUGGCUCUCGUGAGCUACACCAUGGACUUUGAGCUGGAGUAUGGGGGCGUCUCCAACACAGCACUAAAUGACAUCUGUGAAGAGUAUUACGAUGCUCUGCGUCCGUUCCGAAAUCCCUACAUAGGAACGAGCUCUGUGAAGAUCUACUCAGACUUGUUUGACUCCUGCUCAUACCCGGACAAGGAGUGGAAUGAGUGUGUGAGGGUAAAAAGGAUCUUGCCACUGAGCGGAUACAUCGGCAUGGUGGAGACCUUCUCCACCUACCAGGCCCUGCUGCAAAAGGACCCCGCUGAGGCUGAACGUCUUUCUAAUGAAACCAGGAACAAGUUGAUGUCUGCCAUGAAGGUGUCUUCUCCUGAUACAGAAGUUACGGUGGUUGUGAAGUAUUUCUAUUGGCUGGCACACAAACCUUGA